CCGAUUACGCACGAGCAUGGAGAGCAGCGCCGGGGAGGGACUUCUGUACAUGUGGAAAAGGAAUAACGGUUGCGCUGGACUGCUCGGGGUCUUUCAGGCGCAGCACAAUUCCACGUUUGCGCGAGGAACACCUGCACCCGCAGACCUGGUGCUUUUUACCACGAGUCAGGCCUUAUUGCGCACUGGGGUCGCAUAGCAUUUAAUAAUGUUAGGCAGCGGCAAGUCACCGGCCACCGGUCCCGGGGAGCCGAGGAGUAAAGUGGCCGAGAAGACCACGAUGGACCCCAUCAGGAGGCUCGGGCUCCUGGACAACGAGGACAUACACCUGAUGAUGCAGGGCUCCCACAUGGUGAAAGUUCGCUCCCCCAGGUGGCAGAAGAGCCGAAACCUGCGGCUGCUGGAGGACGGACUCACCGUAUGGUGCGAGUCCACCAAGAGCUCCCGCAAAGCCAAAGCCCAGCAGACAUUUGCAGUGACGGAGGUGGAGUGCGUGCGCGAAGGCUGCAAGUCCGAGGCGCUGAGGCGGCUGGCCGGGUCGGUGCCGGAGAGCCGCUGCUUCACCGUGGUCUUCAGGGGCGCCAGGAAGAGCUUGGACCUGCUGUGCCCCUGCGAGGACGACGCCCGGCGCUGGGUGCGAGGCCUCCGCACCCUGAAGGAGCGCGUGGCCAACAUGACCCAGAAGGAGAAACUAGACCAUUGGAUCCGAGGCUACCUGAGGCGAGCGGAUCAGAACCAAGACGGCAAGAUGAGCUACGACGAAGUCAAGCGGCUGCUGCAGAUGAUCAACAUUGACCUGAGUGAGCACUACGCCCGCUCGCUGUUCAAGAGGUGCGACCGAUCCGGCGACGGCCGCCUGGAUCACAUAGAGAUCGAGGAGUUCUGCAGGGAGCUGAUGCGGCGGCCCGAGCUCGACGCCGUGUUCAGACACUACUCGAGCAACGGCUGCGUGCUCUCCACCGCCGAGCUGCGCGACUUCCUGGGAGACCAGGGCGAGGACGCCUCGCUGAACCACGCGCAGAGCCUCAUAGUCGCCUAUGAGCUCAACGACUGGGCUCAGAAGAACCAGUUCAUGACGCAGAACGGCUUCACCAUGUACAUGCUGUCGCUGGAGAACGACGUGUUCAACCCCGACCACGCCAGAGUCUGCCAAGACAUGAGCCGGCCGCUGGCGCACUACUUCAUCUCCUCGUCGCACAACACCUACCUCACCAAGGACCAAGUCACCGGCGCCAGCAGCACGGAGCCCUACAUCAGGGCUCUGAAUCAGGGCUGUCGCUGUGUGGAGCUGGACUGCUGGGACGGAGACAAGGGUGAGCCCGUCAUCUACCAUGGCCACACCCUCACCUCCAAGGUGCCCUUCAAGGAGGUCAUUGAAACCAUCGCCCAGUACGCCUUCAAGGCGUCCCCGUACCCAAUAAUACUGUCCUUGGAGAACCACUGUUCCGUGGAGCAGCAGGUCGUGAUGGCUAAGCACCUCCGCGCCAUCCUCGGCGGCAAACUGCUCACGAAGGCCCUCAGUAAAGACCCGCUGAAAGAUCUGCCGUCUCCCGAGGAGCUGAAGGGGCGUAUUCUGGUCAAGGGGAAGAAGCAGAUUCCGCACCUCGGCCAGCUGGGCAAGACGGGCAGCAGCGCCAGCUUCUCGUCGAGCUCCGAGGACGAACUGGCCGUCGGCAACAAGAACGCGCCCAAGAAGGAUCCCACCAAGGUCUAUUCCAAACUGAGCCCCGAGCUCUCAGAGCUGGUGGUGUACUGCAGGAGCGUCGCCUUCUGCGGGUUCGAGAACACUCCUGAAAAGCCGCCAAAUGAAAUGUCCUCCUUCUCUGAAAACGAAGCCAUCAAGCUCAUCAAGGACUCAGGAAAGCUUUUUGUAAGACACAACAGCAGGCAGCUGAGCCGGAUCUACCCCUCCGGCCAGCGCCUCCAAUCAUCCAACUAUGAUCCCCAGGAAAUGUGGAAUGGUGGAUGCCAGAUGGUGGCCCUGAACUUCCAGACGCCAGGAGAGCAGAUGGACCUGAACCAGGGGCGCUUCCUUCCCAACGGUCGCUGUGGAUACGUCCUCAAACCCGACUUCCUGUGCAGCCCCGCGUCCAACUUUAACCCAGAGAUCACGGGAGGAGGCCCCGGACACAUCCCCACCCAACUGACCAUACGAAUCAUAUCUGCACAGCAGCUGCCAAAAAUCAACACAGAGAAGGCGAGCUCCAUCGUGGACCCACAAGUGCGGGUGGAAAUUCACGGGGUGGAUAUUGAUAAUGCCAGUGACAGAACGCAGCGCAUCGACAACAAUGGUUUCAACCCGCGCUGGGACUGUACCCUGAGCUUCCAGCUGCAGGUCCCCGAUCUGGCCCUGGUGCGGUUUGUGGUGGAGGACCACGACCACACGGCCAAAAACGACUUUGUGGGGCAGUUCACUUUGCCUCUCACGAGCCUUCGCAGAGGUUAUCGACAUGUUCACUUAUUAAAGGCCGAUGGUUCCAGCCUGUCCCCCGCCACGCUCUUCGUCCACGUCAAAGUGAGCCGCAAAGCUCUCCCCAUGAAAAGUUUGUCCGAGCGCAUGGCCCUCGCCAAAGGCAUGGCAUGAAGUGCGCCUGAGGCCAGACGGGAAAAGCUGCAUUUUCUGACAACAAAGGAGCUCUGAAUGUGAGGAGAGGGAGACUGGAAAGCUGCUGCUGCCGCCAGUCGGAUCUCCCAGUCCACACCUGAAGUGGUCCAAUUCACACUGAACCACUUCCCCCAAUGCAGGAAGAAUGAUGGUGUUUAUCAGAGAUGGAAGAAGAAGCGUUGCUGGAACUGCCUCGAGCGGCAUAAUAAAUCCAUUUACACUGUGGGAGGAUCUGGUCUUGUCAGUGCUGAGUGCUCUGGAAACAGGCCACUGAGGAUCGGGUUAAUGAAAAACACUGAUAUGGGACUCUUUACAAAAUGAAUCUAAACACUGAUAGCCCUGAUACUCAUACAUGUCUCAUACAGUGAACAGGAUGUUGGACAGAGUGAAAGAUCAUCUUUAAUUAUCUUUAAUAUAUUUUAGAUUCGAGAAAUAUUUUAACAUUUUUUACAUUUAACUGCUUUAACUUAUAAAAAUGAGGAUGGUCGCAAAAAUAGAACUUACUUAACUGAGGCUUUCUCAUAGGUGCCCAAGCUUGACUAGAUGUGAUUAACAAAAGAAAUGAUGAAUGUUGUUUUACCUCACUAAUACAGAUGUAAUACUGUGUCGGUGAGUGUUCCGCAGAUUGCGUUUUGAACAAAUGUUACUUUUCACUUCUAAUGUCUCUGAGGAGAAAGACUUUCUGUCAGUAUUUUACUGAGACAAAUGACUGGAUAUACAAGUAUGUCCACAACUUACAAAUGAACUUGAAUUAUUAACAGUAUUAACUUGCAGAUUCACUAAUGUUUACUUAUGCUCUUAAAAAUGUUCAUUCAUUGCAUUUGCUAAAGUGUGUUCAGUCAAAUUGUGUUUGACCUUUUAACAUAUUUGCAUGUUGCCUCUUUUUCUAUUCACCAUCCUUGUAUUAUCAUUUUACUGUUAUAGAUUAUUGUCCUUAUUUUUACUUAUAUUUACAUUGUGGUUAAACUCUUCUAACAACAAUCUAAUUCAACUAGCAAUUAGUGUUUUAUUUUUUAAUACCCUUUUGAGGAGGUUCCCCUGAUAAUGAUAAACUGGUGUCAGUCAUGAAAGGUGCUGCACGUGAAUUUACAGUAAUGACAGCACAUAUGGAUGGGUGUGUUUUCAAUAACAAUUCCUUCGUAGCAAUUGGUGGAUGAAAUACGAUUUCUGUUUUUUUUCCAGUGUUAAAGCUUAAGGCCUAUGUUUUGACAAAGGCGGUUUACAAUAGAAAAUACUGUUUUUCAUAAAAAGCACUAAUUACACAUCA